CACCAGUUUAAAUCAGAAGAGAAGAGGCUGUUAAUGAACUACAUUACCCAUAAGUCUAGGGUUUAACAUUGGGAGGAAGGAGACGAGUGGAGCGGGGAGCAUGGCUGCGAGGAUACUGGGGAAAGUGGUUCACAGUCUCCGCAGCCCUGGAGUGGCUGGAGCUGCGCACUCGUGCAGUCGCCAUUCAUUCGCUAGUGCUGCUUCUGCUGCAGCUGCCAAACCCGCAGCUGCUCUGCGCAGCGACGAUGCAGGAAUGGAUGAAAAGAUCCUGAAGAUUCCUCUGACACAGCCAGACUUCUUCAACCUGUCCGAGCUGUUCACCAUGAAGGACCUGUUUGAGGCCCGGGUUCACCUCGGACAUAAGAAAGGCUGCAGGCACAGGUUGAUGGAGCCGUAUCUGUUUGGCAGCCGCCUUGACGUGGACAUCAUUGACCUGGAUCAGACUAUGGACCAUCUGCAGAGGGCGCUGAACUUCACAGCGCAUGUGGCGUACCGUGGGGGCAUUGUGCUCUUUGUGAGCCGAAGGCGGCAGUUCGCUCACCUGGUGGAGAGGACUGCGCAGGGGUGUGGCGAGUACGCGCACACCCGCUACUGGCAGGGCGGCCUGCUCACCAACGCCCCCGUGCAGUACGGCGCGGGAGUGCGCCUGCCCGACCUCAUCAUCUUCCUGUCCACACUUAACAACGUCUUCCAGACGCACGUAGGUCUCCGAGAUGCGGCCAAAAUGAACAUCCCCACCAUCGGGGUUGUGGACUCCAACUGCAACCCGAGCUUAGUUACGUACCCAGUGCCUGGCAACGACGACACCCCAAUCUCCAUGGAACUGUACUGCCGGCUGUUUAAGAUGACUAUCAACAGGGCGAAGGGCAAGAGAAAACAGAUGGAGCUGAUUAAGGGGAUUUGAACGGGUGGUGCAGGGGGUUGAUCAAUUAUAAACCAUUUGUUGUUACAUCUGAAAUUCCAGCUCAGAGUCCGAACCACAGAUUGUUUUUGUUAUAUUAAAAAUAGAAUAUCUUACUAUAAUAUGUAAUGCAGUAUACGUGGAUCUAAUAAGUCCAUAAAAUAAAUCAUCAGAAGGUGGGUUCUUAUGCUCCAUUUCAUUUGAACUUGGGUGUUAAAAUUUCCAAGUUCCAAAUAAAAAAAUCUGAACUUGAACCCAGAGGUCAAAAUCCAAGAUGGCUGCACCACACACCAGCAGUGGUACAAGCAGUAUUAAAAAACAGUUUAUCAUUUCUUACCACUAUUUGUUUCUCAUUAAAUCAGUUGUGCACCCA